GGUUUUACAAGCCAAAUGUUACCAUAGCCAGAGGAGAAACGAAAAACCUCAUACUUUACGUAUGGUUUUUAUGACAAAUCCUCAUUUAUGCAUACAAGAAUGCCAUUGUUCUUGUGAAGUUGGCUUAUCCCAGUCUUGCCAUCAUUUGCUGGGUUUAGCAUUUUAUUUACAAGACAUCAUAUUAAGAGGAGAAUACAAUAUUCCCGAGCACAUUGCUUCAACAUCCCAAGCCAUGUUAUGGAAUAAGCCACGUGGAACAAAAGUAAUUCCUGAAGAUACAAGGUAUCUCACGUUCCAAAAGCCUACAAAUCUUUUGAGAAGGAAGGCUCCCGUUGUUUCAAAAAUUGCUAUUCCUAGCACUUCUGUGAUGUCCAAUGAACAAGCCGAUGAUUCGCCCACAAAAUUACAAAAAUUGAAAGAAUCUUUACAAAAGAUUGAUAAGGGCAUACCUUUAUCUUUUUUGAUUUCUACAGAGAAUACCAAUCCAGAAAUGACCAUUUUUGGUCAACAAAAUAGAGGGAGAGAUAGUGCGAAUGAUGAUAAUAUGCCAGUUGAUCUGCCCAUAUUAAAUACCACGAGUACAAAUAUUUUAAUAAGCUGCCCUUUGCCACAAGUGAAUCAUUUUCACGAAUUUUCAUUGGAGGAAGCUGUACAAUUGGAAAGGUGCACUCGGGUACAGGGAGAUAGCCAAAUAUGGCACGAAAAAAGAAAGAAUAUCUUUACAUCAUCAAAUUUUGGUCUGUUAUGUAAAAGGCAGAAGGCUAUAGAUGCAGACUUUUUUAAAAAAAUGUGGGAAAAGAAUUUGGAUCAUUUAAAAGCCAUUAAACAUGGAAGGAAAGAAGAGGAAAACGCAAAACAUUUGUAUAGAGAGAAGACAAACCAUAAAGUCUACACAUGUGGAUUAGUAAUUCAUCCAUAUGCACCACAUUUAGAAACAAGUCCUGAUGGUGUAAUAGUGAUAAGUCCUACAAAUGUAGGACUUAUAGAAUUUAAAUGCCCUUAUAAUGAGAAGGUUGAUCAUUUAAAUGGUAGAACUUGGGAAAUAGCAGCAUUGGAGCAGGGAAGAGUAGAUUAUAGGUAUACAAGGCUUAUAGAAUACAUAUAUAGUAAUGCCACCACAACUGUAAAACUUCACGAAACAACAGGUAAAAUUGAGGUAGGCAGAGGAGUUCGACAAGGGGAUACUAUUUCGCCUAAACUUUUUACAGCUGUCCUGGAAUACGCAAUGAAAUCACUCUCUUGGAAGAAUAGGGGCAUAAAUAUCGAUGGUGAAUGGUUGACACACCUCAGAUUCACAGAUGACAUCGUCCUUGUCUCAGAUAACAUCGGAGAUUCAAAGCAGAUGCUCGAAGAAUUAGUGCAGGCCUCAUUAAAAGUCGGUCUCCGGAUAAAUACGAGUAAAACUCAAAUAAUGACAAACUUAGUGCUGACACAGAACAUCAGAAUAGGUGACGCCGACAUAAAAGAAACACAUAUAUACAAAUAUCUCGGGCACGAAAUACAAAAAUCGGAAAGAACAACCAAACACACGAGAUACAGCGCAGAAUAG